AUGACCGUAUCCUACAAUUUGGACGUGUCCUCUGUGUCCUCGUUCACAUUCCUAAAAUUGCUCGGCCGGUGGCGUGGCUCCAUAUUCAAAAGUGUCUAUUUGGAGCUGAUCGGCUGGAUUUUGGCCUAUUAUGCGGUGCACGCCGUUUAUCGAUUUUUAUUGUCCGAAAAUGCGCAGAGGUACGGUAAUUCGCGGGAAAUUUGAAAAAUUUCACGAAAAAACCAGGUUUCCCGGUGAAAAAUGACGAUUACUGUGGAUUUUGGGCCGAAAAUCUGUGAUCUACAAGAUUUUUCGGAAUCUCUGGCACAAUUUUCUACAGUAACCCUUUUAUGAGGUACUGUAGGUCACAGUAAUCCAACAUUGUGGUUUUCAAGGGAAAAAUUCCCCAGGGUACUGUAGAAAAUUGUGAUCCACAAGAUUUUUUGGAAUCUCUGGCACAAUUUUUGAAAAAUCACCUACAGUAACCCGAAUUUUCUACAGUAACCCUUAUUGUCAGCAAAAUGAGGUACGGUAGGUCACAGUAACCCUAGCAUAAAUUUUUCCAAAAAAAAAUUCCCCAGGUUACUGUAGUAAAUUGUGAUCUACCAGAUUUUUUGGAAUCUCUGGCACAAUUUUUUUUUCAAAAAUCACCUACAGUAACCCAAAUUGGGUGUCAAAAUGCUCCAAAUUUCGAGCUCUACACUUCUAGCUCCAAAUUUCAGCCCAAAAAUCUUUGCAGCUCUUUCGAAAACGCCGCGAAACAUCUGGAUUCUCGACUCGUCUACAUUCCCCUCACUUUUAUGCUCGGCUUCUUUGUGACAAUUGUCAUCGACAGGUGGCGGAAUAUUCUACAAAAUAUGCAUUUUAUUGAGAAGUGGGUCGAAUUUUCGCGCGAAUUUUUGAAUUCAGCGCAAAAAAUGGUGAAAAAUGAGCCCAGAAACGUGGAUUUUGGGCCCGGAUUACUGUAGAUCACUUUUUUCAUACAGUAACCUUGUUCCAGGGGGUACUGUAGAUCAAAAUUCAGUGCGAAAAAUUUAUCCUAGGGUUACUGUAGACUCUAAGAGCUUAAGGAUUACUGUAGAUGAAAAAUUGGGCCCCGGGGUUACUGUAGAAAUUCAAGCUAGAUUUUUUGAUCUACAAAAUUUUUGGAACUUUUUUUUUGAAAAUCCAAAAAUUGUUCCAGGGGUACUGUAGAUCAAAAUUAAGUGCGAAAAAAAUUAUUAAGAGGUUACUGUAGACUCGAAGGGUCUAAGGAGUACUGUAGAUGAAAACUUGGGCCCCAGGGUACUGUAGAAAUUCAAGCUAGAUUUUUUUAUCUACAAAAUUUUUUGGAAUUUUUUUGCAAACCUACAGUAACCCGAUAACUAUCCAGGAUUACUGUACAUUACUAGAAGUGGAUUGGGGAGUACUGUAGAAAAUUUUGGCACUGAAAAAUAUCCAGGAUUACUGUAGGUUUUGAAGAAAAGUGAUCUACAGUACCCCUGGAGCAUUUUUGGCCCAAAAAACACGUUUCCGGGCUCAUUUUUCACCAAAAAUCCACCAAAAUCUACCAUUUUGCUCCAAUUUUUGCGCCAAAUUCAAAAAUUACAGUACCGCCAUCUCAAUUUCAUCCUACAUUCGAGGACAAGAACCAGAAGCUCGAAUGAUUCGGCGAAAUUCGAUACGCUAUCUGGUUUUAUCGCAAGUGCUGGUGUUUCGCGACAUUUCGAUGCGAGUUCGCCGACGUUUUCCGAAUUUGGAGUCGCUGAUUGAAGCCGGAUUUAUUCUUGAGGUACUGUAGCGGAAAAUUUGGCAAAUUUUGGUGAAAAAAAUCAUGAAAAAUGAUGGAAAAUGAGCCAAAAACGGUGGAUUUUGACCCAGGAUUACUGUAGAUCGAAUUACUGUAGAAGGUUACUGUAGAUAAUUUUUUAGUCAUAAUAAAAACAUCCUAGUUCUAUUCUGGGUUACUGUAGUUUUCGCAAAAUAUCACCCGGGUUACUGUAGACAAAAAAGUGAUCUACAAAAUUUUCGGACUAUUUUUGGCACUUUUUUUCAAAACCUACAGUAACCCAGGUUUUUUUGAGACCAAAAAGUUCAGCUGGGUUACUGUAGAUCGAAAAUGCUUCUAGGAUUACUGUAGAAAAAUAUUGCACAAAAAAUAUCCCGGGUUACUGUAGAUUUUCAGUGCUGAAAGUGUGAUCUACAAAAUUUUUGAACUUUUUUCGAAACCUACAGUAACCCAGGAUUUUUUGAUGUCAAAAAGUUCAGCUGGGUUACUGUAGAUCAAAAAUGCUUCUAGGAUUACUGUAGAAAAAUUUUGCACAAAAAAUAUCCCGGGUUACUGUAGACAAAAAUUUGAUCUACAAAAUUUUCGGAAUCUUUUUGGAACUUUUUUUCGAAACCUACAGUAACCCGGGCUUUUUGGCGUCAAAAAGGUUUUACUGGGUUACUGUAGAUCAAGGUUCGAAGCAAGAAUAUUGAUUUAUCUACAGUACCCCUCUACAGUACCCCCCUACAGUAACCCAAAGGCUCCAGGCUUGUUUAGUAUCAAAAAAUGGCGAAUUUUUUGAAUUUUUCAAAUUUCCCGCCAAAAAAUCACCUACAGUAACCCAAAUUUUCCCCUCAGAACGAAUUGGAGCUGAUCAAAAACUACAAAUUCGCCUACAACAAAUAUUGGAUGCCGAUCAAUUGGGCCACAACUCUCAUUUCACGGUGUUUCUACAAUGAGAAAAAUGUGUACGCGCGGAAAUAUAUUGACGCCGCUCCGCAGUUGAAUCAAAUCAUUUUGGUGAGUUCGGGAGCCUACAGUACUCCUGGCACGAAAAAUCCGCGUUUUUUGACACCAAAUAUGACAUAUUUGCGGGUACUGUAGAAAAUUGUGCCGAAAAUUCCAAAAUUUUCUGUGGAUCAAACAUUUUCUACAGUAACCUGAGAAAAAGCUGGGAUUACUGUAGCUCACAGGAUUCCUGAAAUUUCAGGGAUCUUUCGGGUUACUGUAGAUCAAAUUUUCCUGCGAAAAGAAACCCGGGUUACUGUAGUGUUUCAAAAAUUGUGCCAAAGAAUCCGAAAAAUUUUGUAGAUCAAACAUUUUCUACAGUAACCUGAGAAAAAGCUGGGAUUACUGUAGCUCACAGGAUUCCUGAAAUUUCAGGGAUCUUUCGGGUUACUGUAGAUCAAAUUUUCCUGCGAAAAGAAACCCGGGUUACUGUAGUUUUUCAAAAAUUGUGCCAAAGAAUCCGAAAAAUUUUGUAGAUCAAACAUUUUCUACAGUAACCUGAGAAAAAGCUGGGAUUACUGUAGCUCACAGGAUUCCUGAAAUUUCAGGGAUCUUCCGGGUUACUGUAGAUCAAAUUUUCCCGCGAAAAUACCCGGGUUACUGUAGUUUUUCAAAAAUUGUUCCGAAAAAUUUUGUAGAUCAAACAUUUUCUACAGUAACCUGAGAAAAAUCUGAGAUUACUGUAGCUCAAAAAAGUUCCUGAAAUUUCAGAGAUCUUCCGGGUUACUGUAGAUCAAAUUUUCCGGCGAAAAAAACCCGGGUUACUGUAGUUUUUCAAAAAUUCCAAAAAAUCUUCUAGAUCAAACAUUUUCUACAGUAACCUGAGAAAAAUCUGAGAUUACUGUAGCUCACAGGAUUCCUGAAACUUCAAAGAGCUUUCGGAUUACUGUAGAUCAAAUUUUCCCGCGAAAAAAACCCGGGUUACUGUAGUAUUUCAAAAAUUGUGCCAGAGAUUCCAAAAAUUUUUGUGGAUCAAAAAAAUUUCCAUCAAAAUAUAUCGUGUUUGGUGUCAAAAUGCGUGAAAUUUUCACGCGCGGAUUACUGUAGUGCCCAAAUUUUCUAAAAGAAAAAAAAUUCCAGGCAAUCCGAGAAUUUCGGGGCUCACUGGAUAUGAUGUCGAAAUACGAUUGGGUUCCAAUUCCCAUAGCCUACCCUCAAGUGGUUUUUCUGGCAGUUCGGGUAUAUUUUUUGAUCUGCCUUUUUUCGCGCCAAUUUUUUGUGGCAGCGCCAAAAAUCGAAAAUUCAAAUUUUCAAAACGCGUGGAUUUUUCCGCUGAUGACCGUACUCGAAUUUGUGUUUUUCGUGGGUUGGAUGAAAGUUGCGGAGGCGCUUCUGAAUCCACUCGGCGAAGACGAUGAUGAUUUGGAGUGUAAUUGGUUGAUCGACAAGAAUAUUGCGGUGAGCUACAGUAAUCCGCGAUUUUUGGCGGGAAAAUUUCGAGUUUUUUGACACCCAAUAUGAUAUAUAAAAUUUUUGAUCCAUUUUUUCGGAAUUUCCGGCACAAUUUUUGAAAUACUACAGUAACCCGGGUUUUUUCGCGGGAAAAUUUGAUCUACAGUAAGCCGAAAGAUCUCUGAAGUUUCAGGAAUCCAGUGAGCUACAGUAACCCCAGAUUUUUCUCAGGUUACUGUGGAAAAUGUUUGAUCUAGAAGAUUUUCCGGCACAAUUUUUGAAACACUACAGUAACCCUAUCAUUUCGGGGAGAAAAUUUGAUCUACAGUAACCCGAAAGAUCUCUGAAAUUUCGGGAACUUUUUGAGCUACAGUAAUCCCAGGUUAUUCUUACAGGUUACUGUGGAAAAUGUUUGAUCUAGAAGAUUUUUCGGAACAAUUUUUGAACCACUACAGUAAUCCUGGGUUUCUUUCGCGGGAACAUUUGAUCUACAAUAACCCGAAGGCUCUCUGGAAUUUUCGCAACUUUUUGAGCUACAGUAAUCCCAGAUUUUUCUCAGGUUACUGUAGAAAAUGUUUGAUCUGCAAAAUUUUUUGAAGCUACCAAAAUUGCGCCAGCCUACAAAAAACGCGUCAGCAUUGAUUUUGCAGAUCGGUAUGGCAAUGGUGGACGAUCACCACGAUUCGGCUCCGCCCCUCGGCUCCUCGGACCUCUUCAUGAAUCCGGCCUGGCGGCCCGUUUAUUCGGCCGAAACGGCCGACGAGGCCCCCCAGAAGAAUUGUGUUGGAAGUGCGGCCUAUGUGGAGUGAGUGGAUGGAAUUUGGCCCGAAAAUUCAAAUUUUCAGCUUUUCCAGAUCCUGGGGACCAUUUUGAUAUCAAAUUUGACAAAAAUCUGAAAAUUUCAUAUCAAAAUGAUCCCCAGAAUCUGAAAUUUCUGAAUUUCGAGCCAAAAUUUGAAUUUUCAGCUUUUCCAGAUCCUGGGGACCAUUUUGAUAUCAAAUUUGACAAAAAUCUGAAAAUUUCAUAUCAAAAUGAUCCCCAGAAUCCGAAAAUCCUGAAUUUUCAGCCAAAAUUCAAAUUUUCAGCUUUUCCCGGUCCUGGGGACCAUUUUGAUAUCAAAUUUGACAAAAAUCUGAAAAUUUUACAUCAAAAUGGUCCCCAGAAUCUGAAAAUCUUGAAUUUUCAGCGAAAAUUUGCAGACUUCUUCGCGACAAUGAAAAAGUGCAAAUGGUGCCGGUUGAAGCGCAAAAUGAGACGAUUCGUGAGUUUUUCCGGGUUACUGUAGGUUUUUUUAGCUACAGUAACCAAAAAUUACUGUAGCUCAUCUCAGGGGUACUGUAGAUGCCUUUUUGGGGCCAAAAAACCCAUUUUUGCGCUAGAAAAUCCGGAUUUUCAGCAAAAAAUCCCAAAUUUUCAGACAAAACCUCGACAGCCGGGUUGAUCCGCCGGAAAUUGACUUCCGCGUUCGGCGACGCGGAAAAACGCCGCUCAAAUUCACCGUAUACGCCAAGUCCAAAACCGGAUACCGUAAUCUUCAAAUAUCCGAAUUUGCCGUGUUUGGAUGAAGAAGCUGGAGGUGGAGAUGGCUUGAAAAUCGAUCGAAAAUUUGCCACGUCAUCAAAUUCCAAGGAUGAUGAUUGA